AUGGAGCACUUCUGGUACCUUCUUUCCCACGGCAUGCUAAAUGUGCAUUCGCAGGAUGUGCACCAGCGAACCGUUCUCUUCAACCUGGAGUCCUUCGACGCCUGUGCGGGUGACUUUUUGACGGUGUUGCAACUGUAUGAAGCUAUCGGUGGCGACCUGGAUCACAAGGAUCGCGAUGGGAAUUCUUUGUUGAUGCGGAAUGCGAGUGAUAAUCUCGGGAUGGCGUUGGUUUGGGCGGGUGCUUCCGCGUAUUAUUCCCACAAGGGCGUGUGGAAGAGGGGAUUAUCAAUCGCUGCUGCAAGGGGCUUCCGUGGUACGAUGCGGGCGAUUGUCGCGCGGGAUGCUCCGGAUCAAGAGUUUGUAGACAGGAGUCUCAACGCGGCAGCUCUGCGGCUGUCGAACGACGGGCAUGAACAGGACAUGUCGGGCAUACGGAUACUGGUAGAUGUGUACGGGGCGAGCGUGAACCGAUGUGGCACUCUGGCGAACUGCGUGCAUCGCAACCCUUUCGUGGUAUCUGCUUUGAUCAGUCUUGGUGCGGAUAGGACCAGGUUUGUUUGGGAUUGGGAGAGAGGGUUGCGGAACACCGCACUCCAUCGAGUGGCGGAGACUCACUCUUCCAUCGUAUUUCAGGCCUUGGCUCAAAAUCUGUCGCCAGAGGAAUGGAGUGUGCAGGACGAAUUCGGCUUCACUCCCAUGAUGACUCUCCUGAGCGAGAGGACUGAGAGCGUAGACUACCUUCGGCUACGUUUCGACUGGUUGGUGGAGAGGGGGGCGUCGUGUCUCCCGUUCGACAACGGUGGUAGACGGGUGUCUGGUACUUUUUGGGGUCAGAGGCAGCCGUUCCGCGGAUUGAUCGCAGCGCGUGUUUGCGAAGAGAACUGGGCCAAGCGCCGGGGCUUCAUUUUGUUGCGCAAGCGCGGUGUUGAUGCCGACGACGGUGAUGACGGUGAUCGCCUGGUGUUGGAAGUUGCCUUUCUGGUGGAAUUCGGGGUGUUUCAGAAUAUUGUGGGAUUUGUGUGA